AUGGCAACAAGACAUGCAAUCGUCGCAGUACUUCUUUUUGUGAUCAGCAUAGCAACUCUUGUACAGGCUUCAACAGAAGUGGAUUGUCCUAAGCAGAUCAAACAACAAUCUAUGCAAUACUGUCACAUGUUCUUAUCGAGGAUUGAGACUACUACUGCCAUGAAACAAGAAGAGCAAAAGCCACAUGACUCACUUCUACAACGUUGUUGUCAACAACUUGGGAAGUUAGAUGAGUCAUGUCGAUGCAUGGAGAUACGAGAAUUUGUGCGUGUACAACAACAAGGAACUGUUUGGGAUACUUCACGCAUGAAGCGGCUAUUGCAAGAAGCUCCAAAUCUGCCAAAAAUAUGCAAAUUAGGACCUACAUUUUGUAAAAUUUAA